UGUAUACUACACAUACAACAAUUGCACCACCCUUCCCCUCAGUUUCCCAUGGCCACUUCUUUUUCUUGCUUCCUUGCCAUCUCAAUUCUAGUAGUGUUCUUCUCACUUCCCCCGCCUACUGGUGCAAGGCUCCUGUAUGCGGACAAGAACACCCUCAAUGACAGCAAGUCUUUCUCCAUCGGAGGUGGCAGAGGCAAGGGUGGUGGCAGAGGUUUUGGUGUGAGUAUCAGCCAUGGCGGGCACGGCACCUCCAUCGCUAUAGGCGGCGGACUUGGAGGUGGAGCUGCUACUAACCAUGGUGGUGGCCCAAGCGUAGGUGGUGGAGCAGGUGCGGGCAUUGGCAUCAAUAUAGGGCAUGGUGGCGUGAAUGUUGGGAUAGGCGGGGGUGGAGGUGGAGCGGCUAGCACCGGCGGGGCGCAUGCAGGUGGUAGCGGUGGAGGUGGCAUUGGAGUUCAUAUAGGCCAUGGUGGUGUGGAUGUAGGGAUAGGUGGAGGUGGAGGCGGGGCAGGUAGCACUGGCGGUGUGCAUGCAGGUGGUGGCGGAAGAGGUGGCAUCGGAUUUCACAUAGGCCAUCGUGGGGUUACUGUAAGCGCCGGUGGUGGGGGCGGUGGUGCGGCCGGUGUAGGUGGAAGUGGGGGAGGCGAAGGCGGUGGUAGCGGUGUUGGUCGUGCCGGCAAUGUUGUGGGUGGUGGGGGAGGGUAUGGCAGUGCAAACGGCGGUAACGGAAGUGGGGGAGGUACCGGAGUUGGGUCAACUGGUGGAAGUGUAGGUGGUGGCUCUGGAAAUGGUGGUGUAGUACAUGGUUGAUUGGUUUGUUAAUUUGAGAAGUACAUAUGCACACAACAUUUUAUUUUAGUUUGCUAAUGAAAUACUCCCUCUGUAACUUUUUAUAAGACGUUUAAUAUAAUAUGGGUAUGUAUAGGAAAUGAUAAAUAUGCUAGUAUUUUUAUGUUUAUUGUAUGUCUACUACUAUUGGUGUCACCUUCUAAAUGAGCGGGAGUGCCUUGACUAUGAUGGUAUUGUACUAUGUGGUAUCUUUUACCAACGGAACAUGUAACAGGUCCACACUAAUCAGAUGGUGUCUUUUGUAAAGUUACAUGAGUUUUAUAUAUUAUCGAAGAUAUGUUUUUUCAA